AUGGCAGCGAAGGAAUCUUUUCGCGAGCGGCAGACUCAGGAGUUGGAGGUUAUUAAGGCCAUCUUCGGCAACGAUGUUGAGGACCUACGACCCCAGGCGAAUGCGGCGGUGUGGAAACCCACAGACAUUAAGAUACGGCUCACACCGCUGCGGGACUCGUCCAAUGGCCUGGAGGCUUACGUCUGCACCAAGCUCCAUGUUACCUGCCCCUCCAAAUACCCAAAACUGCCACCAAAAAUCGUGCUGGAGGAGUCCAAAGGAAUGUCAGAUCAACUACUGGAGGCCCUGCUCAGCAAGCUGCAGGCCCAAUCUCAGGAGCUGCGCGGCGAAGUAAUGAUAUACGAACUGGCCCAGACCGUGCAGGCCUUCCUGCUUGAGCACAACAAACCGCCCAAGGGCUCUUUCUACGACCAGAUGCUGCAGGACAAGCAGAAGCGGGAACAGGAGCUGCUAGACAUGCAGAGGCAGCGGGAGUGCCUGCAGCGCCAGACCCUGAUGGAUGAAGUAGAGCGGCGCAAGGAGAUGUUCAAGACGGAGGCCAAGCGCCGCGGCGAGCCAAGGCGCAGCAUGAGCGAGUCGAAUCCCCGCCAUCCCAGCUCCUCGGAGAGUUCCGAAAACUCUUCGCCCUAUUAUCGCGGCCACAUCUAUCCCAGCAAGUGCCUGGAUCACCGCAACACAGAGACGCUCUACUUUCACAAGGUGGGCAGACAGAUACAGCGGGGAUGCUGUCUAGGUCACUCCCAGCGUGGCUGCAUUGCCUACACCGGCAUCGACAUGCACUGCGGCCAGCUACUAUACAUUACCGAAUGGAACAUCAAGUACUGCCAGCUGGAGCAGCCGUGCAGUGGUGGCGGCAAGUGCCACUGGAGCAGCGAGACAAAAUGCGCAGGCAAUCACAGAGUGGAUGAGGUUAUCGCCUCCAUAGAGAAACAAGUGGCCACUCUGGCCCAGCUGCAGCACAAGAACCUCAUCCCGUACGAGUGCGUGCUGUGCAUUAAGCGCAAAGAGGGGUUGCUGAUAUACCUGGUUCAGGAUUUCCUUCUCGGCACUAGUGUGUUCAGUAUCUCCUCCUCGCUAGGCUGGUGCAUGGAUGGAGCUAGGAUGGUAGCCCGUGGCAUGUUGGAUGCCCUUGUCUUCUUGCACAAUAGGGGAAUAUCGCAUAGUCAUCUGUUGGAUAGCACAGUGUUCAUGGACAACACGGGCAAUGUUCGCUGCUCAGACUACUCUCUAGUGCCCAAUCUUCUGGAGCUGCUAAGCGGACCAGGACAGAGCAGCAAUCGAGGAGACCUGCCCGCCUUGGGUGCUCUGGUGGAGAGUCUCAUGCCGACGAAUAGCUAUGAAAUGCGCGACUUUGUGGACAAAUGCAACUCGGACCGCACUCUAUCCGCUUCAGAACUGCUCGAGCAUCCCUUUCUUCGCUUUUACGUGGACAACGGGCAGCAACAGCAAUUGGUUCAGCUACCGCAACAACGACACCCCAACCCCGCCCAGCGUACGGCUAAUGCUUUGCCCUACCAGAUACCGACAUUGGCUCUCAGUCAAUCCCGCCUUCGAACCGAGUUCGAGGUGCUUAUGUACUUAGGAAAAGGAGCUUUCGGAGAUGUGCUGAAAGUGCGCAAUAUCCUGGACAACCGGGAGUAUGCUAUUAAGCGAAUACCGCUUCCCGCUCGCAGCCGGCAGUUGUACAAGAAGAUGACGCGCGAAGUGGAGCUGCUUUCACGUCUGAAUCACGAAAACGUAGUACGUUACUUUAACAGUUGGAUUGAAAGCGUGGAUGACGCAGAUGCCGCCGAAAUGGACAAGUUGCUGGGUGGAGAAUGGUCGCAGAGUCAACAGGAGCUCAGUGUGAAACCUGCAAAGUCGCCACAAAUGGGUCCCACCUUGGAGGAAGAUGAGGACGAUGAUAGCUCGUCCAGCAUGUGGAAUGCUUAUAUGCCUGCUAUUGAGGAUUCCGAUUCAGAUGGGAUUGAGUUUGUGGACUCCAACGGUAAGGUGGCUGUCUACGACAAUGAGGAGGAGGAAGAAGACUCCAGAGGCAAAACCAGCUCACCAAAGCCCCUCAUGCAAGUUAUGUACAUUCAAAUGGAGUUCUGCGAAAAGUGUACACUACGCACCGCCAUCGAUGAUAACCUGUUCGAUGACACCGAUCGCCUGUGGCGCCUGUUCAGGGAGAUCGCUGAGGGUCUCUCGCACAUUCACCAGCAAGGCAUUAUCCAUCGGGAUCUCAAGCCUGUAAACAUCUUCUUGGACUCCCACGAUCAGAUCAAGAUAGGAGACUUUGGCCUAGCAACCACUAGCUUCUUGGCUCUGCAGGCCCACGAAUAUCCAGCGCCCGUUCCUGUCCACAAUGUAACCAGUGCCGAGGAUGGAACUGGCACUGGUAAGGUGGGCACCACCCUUUAUGUGGCUCCCGAGCUCACCGGCAACGCUUCGAAAUCGGUGUACAACCAGAAGGUCGAUAUGUACACGCUGGGUAUUAUUCUGUUCGAGAUGUGCCAGCCGCCGUUCGACACGAGUAUGGAGCGAGCGCAAACCAUAAUGGCACUGAGGACCGAGUCCAUAAACAUCCCGGAUCGAAUGCUCAAGGAUCCCAAGUACGAGAAGACGGUGAAAAUGCUACAAUGGCUACUUAGCCAUGAUCCCGCCCAGCGUCCCACCGCCGAGGAGUUGCUUAGUUCGGAUCUCGUGCCGCCAGCCCAGCUGGAGGCCAACGAGCUGCAAGAGAUGCUCCGUCACGCUCUGGCCAAUCCGCAGAGCAAGGCGUACAAGAACCUCGUGGCCCGCUGCCUCCAGCAGGAGAGUGAUGAAGUUCUGGAGCACACCUACCAUUUAGGUAGCAGUCGGGCCAUGAAAUCAUGGAAUUCCAUCGUCAUAGACGAUAUAGUUUCCCUCAAUCCGGUGAUUGAGUUCGUCAAAGCCAAGGUGGUAAAUCUCUUCCGCAAACAUGGAGCUAUUGAAGUGGAUUCACCGCUCCUAUCGCCACUCUCGGCGAGGAACAGCCGGGCCUAUGCCAACGCGAAUGCUGUGCACCUGAUGACCCACUCUGGAUGUGUUGUGGUGCUGCCCUGCGAUCUGCGCACCCAAUUUGCCCGUCACGUGACCAUGAACGGCGUGAAUCUCAUCCGACGCUACUGCGUGGACCGUGUUUAUCGCGAGGAGCGGGUCUUCAACUUCCAUCCCAAGCAGAGCUACGAGUGCUCCUUUGAUAUCAUUGCACCCACAACGGGCAGCCACUUAGUGGAUGCGGAACUUUUAUCGCUGGCCUUUGAGAUCACCACCGAGCUGCCGCGUCUGCGUGACCGAAAUCUUGCGAUACGCAUGAACCAUACGAAUCUGCUGAGGGCCAUCCUUAUCUACUGCAAUGUUCCAAAGUCACAAUAUGAAGCCUUGUUUGAGGGCACCAUGGACUUUAUCGAGUCGCGCAUAUCAAGGUUCCAGUUCCACUCUAGCAUAACAGUCAUCAUGGAGAAAUCACGCACCUCGGCUCAAACCCUGAUGGACAUGCUGUUGGCCAACUUCUUGCUGACGGGCUCGAGGAGUACUGUGGAUGAUUCUGCGCUAAAGGCCCUUAUGCGGGGCAAGGGUGAGGCGGCUUCACUGGCGAGAGGUGCUCUAAGGGAACUGGAGACUGUUGUGGGUCUAGCCUACAGCCUGGGCGUGACCUGUCCCAUUCACAUAUGGGCGGGUCUGCCCCUCAGCUUUGAACGUGCCAGCAAUGGAGGAAUCGUUUGGCAGAUGACUGCUGACCUCAAACCCAAUCGUUCUGGUCAUCCUUCAGUUCUGGCAGUGGGAGAGCGUUACGAUGCUAUGCUACACGAGUUCCAGCGACAGGCUCAAAGCUUUAACUGCGCCCUGCCCUCGCGUGGCGGGCUCAGUGGCGCGGGUAUGACUUUCUAUCUGGACAAACUCGUUGCAGCCGUGGAGUACGCCAAGGAUUGUCGAGCCAUCGAUGUAGGCAUCUGUGUGUGUGGCACUCGUCCGCCUCUCAAGGACGUUACCUAUAUCAUGCGACUGCUCUGGUCAGUGGGUAUCCGUUGCGGCAUUGUGGAGGCCGCCAGCGAAGUAGGUGAUGAGGCUCAGGAUUUGGCGCGACUUGGAGCUCUACAUGUCAUUCUGGUGGCCGAAAAUGGUUCUCUCAGAGUGCGUACGUUUGAGAGAGAUCGUUUUCAGGAGCGUCAUCUAACGAGAGCUGAGCUGGUGGAGUUUAUUGAGAAACUGCUGAGAACGGAAGCGAUGAGCGGAGCCACUGUAGACAACUCAAGUCAGGUGUUCAACACUAGUGCUGGUGGUGGUGGAGGUGGCAACAGCGGUGGCAAGGAGAGGGAACGCGGUGAGAACGGUCUCAGCACGUCAGCCUCGAAUGCCACCAUCAAGAACAGCUACAGCCAGCUGCCGAAUCUCCAAGUCUCGUUCCUCACCCACGAAAAGCCCACAGCGAACUAUAAGAGACGACUGGAGAAUCAGGUGGCGCAGCAGAUGAGCUCCACUCUGGCUCAGUUCAUCAAGAAGGAAACCUUUGUGGUGCUGGUGGUGGAACUGCCUCCGGCGGUGGUAAAUGCCAUAGUGGGGGCCAUCAAUCCGCGGGAAAUACGUAAAAAAGAGACUGAACCGGAAAUCAACUUUGUGAUUGAAAGAUUUCCCAAAUACAAACGCUAUAUAUCGGAUAUAAAUGACGAGGUCAUGGAUUAUCUAACCGAUGCCAAGACACCAAUAGUAGCCUUGUACAGCAUUUCCGAUUCCUAUUACCGCGUCAUCAUCUAACCCACAGCAAAACUAAAGAUGGCAGAACUACUUAGUAGUACUCGACCUUAGGUUAAGCUUCGAAGUGUCACAAAACUGUUGUUUUUUUUGUUUUGGCCAAAAUUCUACUUGAAGUGGCUAUGUUUCUAGAUGCCAUUUAACAAUUAAUCGAAUCAAAAUUUUUUUAUAAGCCCAACUUUGAAUUACAGAGUAAGGAAAUUGAUGAGAUUGCGAGAUGACCUAAAACUUUUUAGAUCUAUCAAGAAAUCUCAUUUCAUCAAGCUCCAACUCCAUAGAUUCGAAAAAGAUUCAAAACAGAUCUGUUAUAAGGUUUAGUAAUUUUUCUUACUUGGUUUAAAGUAAAACGAAUUCCCUACUGAUGCUGUUCACGCCUAAGUCAAAAGUUGAAAACUAAGAAAAAAAGAAUCCUGUGCACAUAAAUAUAAAUUUAUAAAAAUAUAUAUUUUAAAGUAAACAUCGAGAUUUUAAGUAUCAGCUUUCAUAAGGGUAGUCUGUGGUCGAAAUAUAAUAUAUAUAUUUUAUAUACAUAACUCGAUAUUUUAAUGUGGCGAUUUAUGUACGUUAAUUCGAUGUUCUCGUUGAUAUAUCAGACCAAUUUAAGCGGAACGCUAUAAAAAUUCAAUUUAGUAACAUCUUUCUGAAAUGUUUCGAUUUUUAAAUUGUUUUGAUAAAAUCGAUAUAACUUCAAUUUUUGAAAUUCAAUUAUCAAAGUUUCACAAAAUACUUAUUUUAUAGACAUACAUCCCUAUUUGCAUAUACAGAUUUAAGCAGAUCGAGAGAGGCUUAUCCUUU